AUUCGCCUUAACAACCACACCUACCGCAGUAAUCGAAUUUCUAUCCCGGAAAUGGACCACCGUCAAAGUCAAGUCCACCUCAAACCACCACCACCCCAACAAAUUCGCACCUCCGGAGCAGCCUUGCCCUCCGCAUCACCGAUUCCCCGCGCUCCCGUAACAGCGCAUCCCACUGCAACAGUUGCAGACACCGUCAUCUUCCAUGGAACACAUCCGAUCGCUAUAGGCGCAGGGACAAUUGUCCACCCCCGCGCCAAACUCUACUCCUACGAAGGACCAAUCGUCAUCGGUGAAAACUGUAUCAUUAGUGAGAAAAGCACGAUUGGCGCCGUGCCUACCCAACCUCCUUCUUCCCUAUCAAGAGAGUCGCGCGCUGCAGAGGGAUUGCCUGUCCGGAUAUCUUCUUCCGUGAUUGUUGGCCCUUUAGCGACGGUUUUACCGGGUGCACAUAUCCACUCUGCUGUUACCAUUGAGACGCUCGUGACUAUCAACCGGCGCGUGGAUAUAGGCGCGCAUUCGAAGAUCUGCUCGGGGUGCGAAGUAUCGGACAAUGUGGUGAUAAGGGAUUGGACUGUUGUGUGGGGAUUUGGGGCUGGUUUCGGGCAGCGAAGGCGUAAACGGGCGACGGAGAAGAUGAGCUCUGCUACGGCUGUUGCCCAAGGGAUCCAGGCGUUGGAGGGGAGGGUAAUUGAGGAUGCUAGAUUGAUGGUAUUGCAGAAGGAGAGGGAAGCUCUUGUUAGGCUUAUUGGGUCCGCAGGUGGACGGAGAAGGUGAAUUUAGUAGUGUCCUUUUGGCUGCUUGGAUAUGCAGGCUCAAGGCAUGCCGUUCUUUUGUGUUUCUGCCCCUUAAGUGCGCCUUAUACCCUGAUAGAAUUUAGUGAGACGU